AUGCAUAGUGGUAAUACACCAGAGUCGCAGGUAAUUCCAGGAGAAGGAACGUAUGGCUCAUUAGAUCAAACACCUAAAAAACGCAAAAGAACAGCUAAAAAGGAGCAGAAGGAAAAACGUAAAAAAGAUAAAAUGCCAUUAGACAACCAACAACCUCCACAAGAAGUGCCAAGUGAACCUAUUGUGCGACAAAUGGUUCCUGUCUUAUCUUCAAACGCACAGGAAACUGGCCAAAAAAGAAUAACAAUUAUGACUUAUAAUCUUCUUGCACAAUCCCUUGUUCGCAGGGAAAUUUUUCCUGAAUCUGGAGAUGCAAUUAAGUGGAAACACCGUCGUCCUCGUUUGCUAAAGGAGAUUUUACAUUAUGAACCCGAUGUUUCUUGUUUUCAAGAAAUGGAUCAUUCUAAUUACGUUGAUACUUUUAAACCUGAAUUUGAGAAUGCUGGAUAUGAAACAUGUUUCUCUGGAAUUGGUAAAACACAUGGUUGUUGUAUAAUCUGGAAGCGAUCCAAGUUUACAAAAUUAAGUGAUUUCACUAUCGAAUUUGACAGGUUUGGGUUACCUACUAUGACAACAAAUUGUAUAGGCCUUAUUGUUUCUCUCAAAUGCUGUGAGACUCUCCCAGAUGAAUUAAAUUCCUCAAAUUCGGGACUAGUUAUAGGAACAACUCAUCUCUAUUGGAGACCUCAAAGCAUGUAUGAACGUGCAAGACAGUGUUUAAUACUUUGCGAAAAUUUACUAAAGUUUAAAGAGGAAUCUGGUUUCGAGACAAUAUUGGCUGGUGAUUUUAACUCGCCACCAACAGAUCCUACUUAUAAGUUAAUGGUAAAGAACACAUUAACUGAGGACGAAAUUUUGAGCUUGAAAGCUUCUAUGAGGCCUUUCGGUGAGGAUGCGACUUCCGACGAUCCUCCUUCAACAGAAAAUAUGGUUGAAGAAAACAGUGUUGACUCGAUAAGUGAUAAUGGCGCAGGUUUGUUAAAAAGCUCUUCUUCUAUUUCUCCUUCGAUACAAAUUACACAGCAGACAUUACCAUCAAUGAGUGUAGGGAAUACACAAACCGAAUCAGCAAUUCAAUUUAAACCAACACUUCCCGAGCUACUUUCAAAAUUUGCAAGCCUCCCAUCUUGUGUAUCAUUGUAUGCACGGCACCUGAAUUCAAUAGAUCCCGAAAAUACUAUUUAUUCUGAACCAAAAUUCACAAAUUAUGGGCUGUACUUCAAAGGAGCUUUAGAUUAUAUUUUUCUUUUUUGUCAAAAUGAUGACAAUCGAAAUAAUGAAGACAUUGAUAAAGAUGUCAGUUCUAAGGUUAAAGUCACGAAACUAUUAAAAAUGCCACCAGAAGAAGAACUAUUACCACUUUUACCUAAUUAUAAAUUUAAUUCUGACCAUUUAUGUUUAAUGGCAGAAUUAGUUGGACUGGUUUGA